AUGACCCAAUUCUACUCCGACGCCGCCAACGGAUCUCUGCCGGAGUUAUCCUAUCUGAACCCGUCCUGGUGCGGCGUCGGAACCACCAUGCACGACAGCGGUCUAAUUUCAGACAGCGAGGCUUUCAUCAAAAAGGAGUUCGACAGCUUGGGUGGUUAUAUUCCCACGCUGCUUAUCUCUCCCGGGGUCAGCCAGGGCUUGAUUGAGCAGAAGGGUGCCAACCACCAGGGCAAGACUGUGUCUUACUUGGCUAGCUCUCUUCUCCGUACUCUUGGUUGUCUCCGGGAUUUCGAGCCGUCCACUCCCCGUAUUAAUGAUACUGCUUCCUUUGAGCAUCUCAUUCAGAGCACGCCUCACAAGGAUACUCCCUCGACGCUUUUAAGCCCUGUGGCCUUUUCUGAUUAG